UUAAAAUGUUUGCUGUAAUAAAUGAUGGAUGUUAAUUAUUUCCUCUACAGCAGAGCUUCUGUUUGUCUGUGCAAUGCUGACCCCUACUGCUCCUCUAGCAGAUGUGCAACAUCAGGAAGAUGUUAAAGGGGAUUUAACUCAGCAUCGUUGUAGAGCAGAGAGGUUUCCUUUAAGGAAGACAAUUCGUACUAUCAAAGAUCCUCCACAAACUACAAUUAAUUUGGAUCAAACCCAACCUAAACGUUAUUAUUUCCUCAUCUUCUACCCGGAAGUCUUCAUAACAACAGAAGCACUGUUGCUAACAACAACAACAACAACAAUGGGGAUCAUCAAACUGGCUGAUUUGAUCCGGCUAGAUGCUCCUGAUGCUAUUUCUCAUAAAGAUAUCAGCGACUACACUGGAAAAGUAAUCGCACUGGAUACCUCUAUUGUUGUGAACCAGUUCCGUGCAGCUACGCCUUCUCUAAGCCCGCUGACAGGUCUCUUCUUUCGCACGCUCACCUUCCUGGAACACGACAUAAAGCCGGUCUUUGUGUUUGAUGGGAAGCCACCCGGGGAAAAGACACCUGUUCUUGAAAAGCGAGCUGAGGCGGCUGGUUGGAGGUCCUUCAACCGCACAGGCACAGCAUCGUCCCAGACCAAAGAUUGUCUCCUGCUCCUGAAGCUCCUGGGUGUACCUGUCAUCCAGGCUCCAGGGGAUGCUGAGGCGCUGUGCGCCAAGCUGGCGAGAGAGGGGACUGUGGACGCUGUGGCUUCAGAGGACAUGGACACACUGCCGUUUGGAGCCAGUAUUCUCAUUCGCCAGCUUAACGCCAAGAAGGACAGUGAAGUCGUUGAAUAUUCUUUAACCAAGCUGUUAGAGAAACUCCAAAUUAGUCACGAGGAGUUUGUUGACCUGUGUAUUCUUCUGGGUUGUGACUACUGUGAGAAGAUAGCCGGUUUGGGUCCUAAGAGAGCUCUGACACUGAUCCAGAAGCACCGCACUAUUGAGAAUGUGGUUUUGCACAUCAACAGACAGACCCAUCCUGUACCAAAUUUCUGGAAGUACAAAGAAGCACGGAAGAUAUUCUUGGAACCGCCACAGACAGUAGCUCCUGAACUCACCUGGGAUGAGCCGGAUGAAGAAGCCGUGGUUGGGCUCCUCUGUCACGUCAAAUACGUUAAGGAGGACAGGGUCCGACGUCGGAUGGAGAAGUUUCGUCUGACGCGGGAAAGUAAGCGGGAGGAGCGGGAAAAGGAGAAAGCAGCGGGACACAGCAGGCAGACUCGGAUGGAGGACUUCUUUAGACUUACCAGAAAGAGGGAGAAGCCUGUGGAAGUUGCAGACACUUUAAGCAGCAACAGAAAGAAACCAAAGUCAAAAUAAGGCCGCCACCAUGUUCCGCUUGCUGCCUCCACCGUUCCACCAUCCAAGUUGGAAGAUGUUUUCUACGCUUUCAACGCCAUCUGCCCGUCCAGAUAUCUCAAACAAUCAACAGACCAAUCUGUGAUCCCGAACUUGAAUUUCUGCCAUGAGAUGUUUUUUUUAACAAGCAAUCAUGCUUCAUUCCUUUGCUGAUGAGAAAGUGUAGCAUCUUCAAUAUCCAUGUCAGUGAUUUAAUCUUCUGUAACACUAAUAAUUGACAAUUUCAACAGUUUCAGAGGCAGCAGCUUUACAUGUUGAAUCAUGGUUCUGCAUUGGGAGAAGACUGCACUUUUCCAAGUGCCUUCUAACCACCGCUGAAUUUAGAAGAAGCCAAAACAGGCAUCUUGCAAGACACUGACUUCAAGUCACUACCCCUACAGACAAUAAAAUAAUCUGAUCUUGUUUUAAACAGCAGUGUCCGCAACAAUGCAGUUCACUGAGCAGUUCUUCAGCAGUUUCCUGCAAAGCUACCAAGAAAAGCAGAGCAGGCAGGAGACAGCUAUGAAAGAGAACAGUGUGAUCAGUGUCGGGGAGGCCUUCCCCCAAGCCAAAGCUGGAGAAAGGGGAUGUCUCAUCACUAGAUAUUCAAUGAGCACCUGCUGUGUAAAGGGUGCCAAGGCAGAGACCAAAGACUUGAAUUUUAAAACUAUCAAGUCAAAAAGAGAUUGUGUAGGACGGAGUAUUAGGGCCACAUUGAGGGGGAAAAAAUCGGAGAUUUCGAGAAUAAAGUCAUAACUUUACGAGAAAAAAAAGUAAUUUACUCCUCCACAAAAGACGCAAUUUCUAAAAUUACUACUUUAUAAUAUUAUGACUGAAAUCGCAGAUUUAUUUUUUUUCCCUCAAUGUGGCCCUAAUACUCCAUCGUAACUGUGAGAUGUUUAAAUCCAUAUGAAGAAAAGUUUGUAUUAUUUUUGGAAAUACUUGUAAAUACAGUAUAACUGUAUGUUUUAUAUUGGUCUGUUGCCCUUUUUUUUUUUUAUUAAAAUAAUGUUGAAGUUUA